AUGUUUGGGUGGGGGUGGAUUGGGGGGGGGUGGGGUGGGGGGGGGGGUUGGUGUGGGGGGGUUUGGGGUUGGGGGGGGGGGGGAUUGUUUGUGGGGGGGGGUGGGGGGGGGGGGGGGUGGGAUUUUAUGGGGGGGGGUUUGUGUUGGUUUGGGGUUUGGGGGGGGGGUGGGGUUGUGUUGGGGGGGGUGGGGGGGGGGGGUGGGGGAUGGGUGUGGGUGUGUGGGGUGUUGGGGGGUGGUUGGUGGGUUGGGGGGGUGGUGGGGGGGGUGUUGUGGGGGGGGGGGUUGUGUGGGGGGUUGGGUUGUGGGGGGUGUGUGGUGUGGUGGGGGGGUUGGGGUGGGGGUGUGGGUGGGGGGGGAUGGGGGGGGUUGGGGGAUGGGGUUGGUGUUGUGGGUUGGUGGGGGGGGGGGAUUGAUGUUUAUGGGGAUGGGUGUGGGGUGUUGGGAGGAUUGUUGGGGUUGGUUUUGUUUGGUGGGUUGGUGUUGGGGGGGGGGGGGGGGUGUUGGUUGGAUGGUUAUGAGGGUGGGGUGGGGUUGGGGUUGGGGAGGGUUGGGGGGGUGGUGUAUUAUAUUGGGGGGUGGGGGGGUUGUUUUGUAUGGUUGGGGGGGGGGGGGGGUGGGGUGGUUUGUGUUGGGUGGUGGGGGGGUGGUGGGGGUUGGGGGUGGUGGGUGUUGGGGUGGGUGUGGGUGGGGGUAAGGUGGGGUGGUGGUGGGGGGUUUUUUGGUUUGGGUGUGGGUGGGUGGGGUGGGUGGGGGGUUUGGGGGGGGGGGGGGGGGGGUGGGGGGUUGGAGUGGGGGGGGGGUGGGGGGGUGGUGUUGUUGGUGGGGGGUGGGGGGGGGGGGGGGGGGGGUUGGUGUGGUAUGUUGGGUGUGUUGGUGUGUUGGUGGGGGGGUGGGGGUGGUGGGGGGGGGGGGGGUUGGGUGGGUGGGUUUGUUGUUGGGGGGGGGUGGGAGGGUGGGGGGGUGGGUGUGUUGGGUUGGGGUGGUGGGGGGGGGGGUGGGGGUGUGGUUGGGGGGGUUGUGUGGGGGUUUAGUUUUAGUUGGGGGGGGGUGGGUGGUAGUUGUAUGGAUGUGGGGGGUAUUGGUAUGUGUUGUGUAGUAGGGGGAGGGGUUAGGGUGUGUGUAUGGGUUGGGUGUUGUGGGUGUUAUUGUAUUUUUUGGUUGUUUUUUGUUGUUUUUGGGGGGGGGUUAUUGGGGGGGGGGGGGUGGUGGGGGUGGGGGGGGGGUGAUGUGGGGGGUUGUGAUAAGGUAGGGUGGGGGAGUUUAGGGGGGUGUUGUUGUGUGGUGUGUGGGGGUUUGAAUUUGGGGGUAUGUAUGGUGGGGUGUGGGUUGGGUUGGGUGAGGGGUUGUGGGGUUAUGGGGGGGUAUGGUGUGAGGGUUGGGGGUUUGGUUGGGGUGUGGUUGAUGGGUGGUUUUGGGUAUGGGGGGGGGGUUGGGGUGGUGGGGGUUGUUGUGUUGGAGGUGUUGAUUUGUGUGUUUGUUUGGUUGGAUGUUGGUUUGAUGGGGGAUUGGGGUGGGAUUUGGGGGUGGGUUUGGGGGAUGGGAGUGGUGUUGAUGGGGGGUUGGGUGGAGGUUGAUUGGGAAGGGGUUGGGGGUUGGGUUGUUGGGGGGGGUUAG